UUCCUGUAUGACUGCGCACUUGCACUGAAGCGGAACUCCUUUAAGUCGCUUUAGACACGUCAGCUGUGGGCGCCGGACACAUUUAGACGACGCACACGCCGCGCUUCCUGGUUCUUCAGUGUUGAUGUUCGCCGAUGUAAUCUGACUGAAGUCAUACGAUUUGCUGAGGGCACAGCAGGUUUGAUGCCCACUGCUCCAAUAUGGAGCACCAAGAUUUGACCACACACAAGAACGGGCGGCAGAGGAAGCUGGCGGGUACUAACGUCGCGAGGGACAUGGACAGGGGAGAGACGAGCUCCUCUGAGCCAGAAGUGGAAGAGGAAGCGGAGGGUCUCAUCAGAGGGUCAGACUCUGAGGACAGGAGGCACAGAGUCCGGCCCGGGGUCAGGGGCGAGCUGGGGAACAUUUUGCUUCUUCUUUUCCUCUACGUGCUGCAGGGGAUUCCUCUGGGACUGGCUGGUAGCAUACCACUUAUCUUACAGGGUAAGAGCGUCAGCUACAAAGAUCAAGCCUUCUUCAGCUUCGUCUUCUGGCCUUUCAGUCUGAAGCUCCUCUGGGCACCACUGGUGGAUGCUCUCUACUUCAGCAAGUUUGGUAGAAGAAAGUCCUGGCUGGUACCCACACAGUACCUGCUGGGCCUCUUCAUGCUCUACCUUUCUAUGACAGUCAAUUCAAUGCUGCAGAGUGAGGGAGGACCAAAAAUUGUAACCCUUACUGGAGUCUUCUUUAUGCUGGCCUUCCUGGCAGCCACACAGGACAUAGCUGUUGAUGGCUGGGCCCUGACUAUGUUAUCCAGGGAGAAUGUGGGCUAUGCUUCUACAUGCAACUCUGUGGGCCAGACGGCUGGCUACUUCCUAGGGAAUGUGCUUUUUCUGGCUCUGGAGUCUGCAGACUUCUGCAACAAAUACCUCAGAGUAGAGCCCAAGGACACGGGCAUUGUCACCCUGUCAGACUUCUUGUUCUUUUGGGGAGUGGUGUUCUUGAUUUCCACAACGUUGGUGGCCAUCAUGAAAAGGGAAAAUGAUCACGGCAGAGGAAAAAGGCGAGUCCAACAGGAGGAGACACAGGGUGUCAUGGAAACCUACAAGCUGCUGUUCUCCAUCGUCAAGAUGCCCACAGUCUUCACCUUUUGUUCCCUGCUCCUCACUGCUAAAAUGGGCUUCUCUGCAGCAGAUGCAGUGACGGGUCUGAAGCUGGUGGAGGCUGGAGUUCCCAAGGAGCAGCUGGCAUUGCUGGCUGUGCCCAUGGUGCCUCUGCAGAUCCUGCUACCUGUGAUCAUCAGUAAAUACACAGCAGGGCCCAGACCUCUCGAUGUCUUCUACAAGGCCUUCCCUUUCAGGUUGCUCAUAGGACUGGAGUAUGCUCUGCUGGUUUGGUGGACCCCCAGUGUGAAACAAGAAGGAGGAUUUCCUGUUUACUAUUACGCGAUAGUGCUGCUGAGCUACGCAUUGCACCAGGUGGCGCUCUACAGCAUGUAUGUGGCCUGCAUGGCCUUCCACGCCAAAGUGAGCGACCCCCUAAUCGGCGGGACCUACAUGACGCUGCUGAACACAGUCACUAACCUCGGUGGGAACUGGCCCUCCACUGUGGCUCUGUGGAUGGUGGAUCCACUCACCUCUAAGGAGUGCCAGGGGGCCGUCGGGCAGAGCUGCGGCUCUCCAGCGGAGGCGGGGCUGUGCAUUAAGGAGGGCGGCGCCUGUGUGACGACGUUGGAUGGCUACUACGUGGAGUCAGUGGUGUGUGUUGUCAUUGGUUUAGCCUGGUGGGUGUGGUUAGGGAAGAAAAUACGGCGGCUGCAGGAACAGAGCCCCGCUGCAUGGAGGUGCAGAGUCGAUCAGUGAUGACACUCUGAGCAUCAUCGGCGCAUCACAGACUUUGUUUUUCUUAGCACCUCUCCGUACGCUGCCCCAACGACUGAAUGGAGGACAUGCUCUGACUCCACUCUCAUCCAACUGGUUUGGUCCCUCUGGUCCUGCUCUAGCUUCUACGUUCAGAAAACACUCACACUGUCUCAUCUUGAAGUACAUUAAUGUGAUGAAAGGCACCAUUGUCUCUCCGGAUGUAAAAAUCCUCCUCAUACUUAUUCGUGCUCACUGUAAUGGUUUGCUCAAAACUGAGACUACCGGUCAGAUUAGCUAAGACCUUUUGUUGUUGUUUUUUAUUUUUUCCUGAAUCCGUAUUCUGCUGCUUGAAACAGUCGAACCAAACCAGAGCUGAGUCAAAAAACAUGUUCAAGUAACUUCCUGGGUUUGUUUUAGCCUGCUUGGAUCCAGAUUGUUGAGUUUAAUAUAUGUGAGAAUUCCAAGUGAUCUGUACAGUUAGUAAAGUCAGCACAUCAGACCCUCCUGGCCAGUCACCAUUUAAUGCAUAUUAAAGGGAUACGUAAGGGAAAAGACAGGCAAAACCAACAAAUCUGUUAAUUCAAGUGAGUUAAACCCAGAGUGAAGAAUAUCUUUCUGUACCAUUAUCAUUCAUUGUUCGGCUCAGAUCUGAGACAAUGUUUUUUAAUGAUUAUUUAAAUAUAUAUUUCAUCUGAAGUGAUUUGUGCCUUGUUUAUUUUUUUGUUUAGUUCUUGUUUAACAAUUCAAAACCAACCUUUUGUUAGCGCUGUAGUAAAAUAAUCGAAGCAGGGAACAUGACAGUGACUUGAACAUGAAGUUGUUGAACUGAUGAGUACUCAGUGUAACACUUUACUGUGGUUAUUACUGUUUUACACAUUCCUUAUCACAACUAUAAUUUGUACAGUGGCUUUGAAUGUUUUUGUUGUUUGUUUUUUUUUUUUUAGCAGCCUUUCAUUUUCCAUUUUUUUCCUUAAACCUGAUCAGUUUCAACCAUCAAAGCAACAACUCAAAUCUUUAAUAGCAAUAUUAGACAGUGCAGCUUUUCAGUGUUGCCACAUAUUUAUUAAUAGCGCCUGGUUGGUUCAAGUUCAAAGAAGAAUAUCCAAAAUAUCUAAAAUCUCUCUCUCAGCAUCAUUAUUGAGACACAAUGUAUAUGAAAGACCACUAUACUGUAUAGUAAUAAUCACUACAAAAAUUAAAUACAGGAGUCCUUAUUCAUUCAAGGUUUGCAGUGUAAAUCAAAGUUCCAGUGGCAGAUGGAUGUCAACACCAGCCUGAAAACAUUUAAUUUCUCACCCCCGAAACAGUUCAGGUCUCAGCCUUGUUGAGAAACUUGACAGGCAACACUCUGUUUAUGUAUUGAAUAUUGUACAUAGAACUGAAUGUUACAUUAUUUUCUGUAAAGCCAGCGUUGAAAGUUCCACUGCUCUGUCAAAAAUGUAAAUGUUUAAGCGCACAAUCAGGGUUCAAGGAUAGAGACUCAUUUUAACUCAUUUUAAAUUUGCAUCGUUUGUGAUUUCUUCUGCUUUGUGAACUCGAUGUAAAAGGUCAAACAUUCUUAGGAUUACUAUUAUAUGGCUGAUGGUUUUGGCCAGCGAUCCCUCUGAAAUGCCCAGAAGCACUGUGUACACUACCUUUAACUCAAUAUUUCUGUGAGCAUGUCACUGCAAUGUGAGGAUACUCCAUCCUGAGAGCCCCUUUGUCUUAACAGGGCACUGUUUGUUGUUUUGAGUUUCUUUGACAUUCAGCCACAGAUUCCAAAAAACUGCAGAUGCCAUGUGAAACGCAUAAAGCAGAAAGCAAAUCCUUUUUUCAAAAUAUAUUCAAUUGGCUGCGGUACAACGACCAAAUGUUCAACAGACAUAUGAGAGCUAAAGUGUCACAAUUUUUGUUAUCACGGUUUUAUUUUAGUUUGUUUAUUUUUGCAAUAUAUGCAUUAUCUUUUAUAUUCUAAAUUGUGGUUGGUUUAAGUCUAACUGGCUUUCAGGUGGUGAACUGUAAGUUCAGUGACAGAAAUUUAAUUUGUCUCACAAUGUUACCAUAUAAGCCUGUUUUUGUUUUUUUUGUUUUUUAAAAAUCAGUGAUUUUUGCAUACCUUUUUAUUUACAAUGAGUCCAAAUCCCCAAUCAUACGCAGGACAAAGAAAGCACAGGAUGACGGCAUAAUCUGAAGGUUAAAUAUGCUAGCAGCAGCAGUGCUCUAUAAUGUCCUGAUGAACUUUGACAUUCAUACGAUGAAAUGAAAAUCUUAUGUAAUUAAAAACAAAAAAGCAUA